AUGUUUGAACACAACAUCGAUACUAUUAUCCAUUUGGCUGCCGAGAGCCAUGUAGACCAUUCUUUCGGUAAUCCAUAUCAGUUUACUCUGACGAAUGCAUUAGGAACACAGGUGAUUUUGGAAGCUGCAAAGAAAUUCAAAGUAACACGGUUAUUACACAUGUCAACAGAUGAGGUAUAUGGAGAAGUCAGCUCCACUGAGAAAGAUUUGCUGGAAUCCUCGAUCCUAAUGCCCACAAAUCCGUAUGCAGCUUCAAAGGCAUCGGGUGAUUUAUUAGUGAGUGCAUAUGUCAAGUCGUUUAAUCUUCCUGCUGUGACGAUACGAUGCAACAAUGUAUAUGGACCACAUCAAUUUCCAGAAAAAAUAAUUCCCAAAUUCAUUUGUUUGCUCAAUAGAGGAGAGAAAUGUUUUCUUCAUGGAGAUGGUACAAACACCAGACGAUACCUGUAUGCCGCUGAUGCAGUCAGUGCAAUAGACACGGUACUUCACAAAGGUGAAGUGGGUCAUAUUUACAACGCAGGAUCGAAUGACGAGUUAUCAAAUCUUGAUAUACUCAAGUUCAUCCUAAAGGUUUUUGGUGUGGAUAGUACUGACGACAAGGUUUUGGGCAAGUAUACUGAGUUCACAGAGGACAGACCGUUUAACGACUCAAGAUACGCAAUAGAUAGUGAGAAGCUACAAAAACUAGGUUGGACGUACAAAACCAGUUUUGAAGACGGUUUGAAAGUUACCACGUCUUGGUACUCAAAAUAUGGAGAAAUAUGGUGGGGCGAUGUCACUAAUAUUCUCAAGGCAUUUCCUGACACAUUGAAGACAGAUCUUGAUAAAUUUAUGAACAGACAGUAA